AUUUUAGCCAAGGACACGGACAAACUUCAACUUCUAUCGAUUUGUGAUCCAAAAGCAGCACAGACUAUUGAUUCGCCAGUGAUAUACGAACCGUGUAUAGUGCAAUUUAAGUCCUAUCAACGUGUAAUAUAUGUAGUUGGCCAAGCUGAACAAUGCCUCGACAGCAUAGUGUUCAUGCAGAUGUGGGCAGAAUGUCAGCAGUAUCACAAACGCCCUUUCACCAUUGAUGAGAUUUUAGAUGAUGUUUGGGUGCCAACAGUGUUAAGAUGGAAGCUAUUCGGUGAGAAACUGCAAUCUGGGAAUAUUUUGGCUGACGACGUUGACAGACAAUUAGCUUCUACAUUUCAAGAACAAGAUGAGAAGCUUGAACGGGAAAUUACCGUCUUUGGUAUUCCAGAAAAAAUGGCGAAGUUACGAAUUUCCCAGAUUAAACAAUGGCGACACCUUCGCGCCUGUGUUGAUGGUGCACUCGCUAUUUUAAAAUUACAAACACAUUGCGGUCUCAAGGGAAAUUUCGAGCCGAUCAGAAAAAUUGCUCGUUUCAAACAAAAAACAUUCGAGAUGAACGAAUUUGAUAGUAAUCUGAUGAAGACGUGUAAGCUGUUGCAAGAAAUAACACCGGACAAGUCAAAGUGUCUUGAGACGUUUUGUGAAUGCGGAGACUUUAUCAAAUGGUUACAGGAGUCCAUGAGAGAAUCUGGGCAAAAAGAGUUAAAGGUAUUUGUUGACCUCGCCAUGAGUUCGGUUGGAGAUGAUCAAAACAGAAUUGUAAAUGUCCAGUGCCUACAUUCGGCGGUCAUCGGAUAUUCCCCGUUGAUAUUUGACCUUAAGCCAGAGCAUGAUUACUUAGAAGUGCGGAAAAAGUGCCGGAUUGUGUGGAAAGAGUUUUCAGCCAAUCCUAAAUUACCCAAACAAUUGAAGGAUAUUUCUAGUCAGCUUCCUUGGCUGAAGGAAAUUCAGAAAGCGCACGGUUCCGUUAAAGUCACGUCACUGAUGCAAGCAGAUGCGAUAACUUCUGAUGGAAUAUUUACUGUAGGAUUUACACAGGGGAUUGUCGAAACGAUGACUGGAGACAUUAUUACAGCUACAUUACCACAGCAAGACAAGCAGUACGAUUUCCGACAGUUGCAGGAUCUUCAGAGUAGACUCAUGUUAGUGGCCGACAGAAAUCAACUUACAGCUAAGGAAACGGGGGUUAGCGUUGAAAUGUACUAUUUGAUUUUAGACAGCGUGACACGUCUUGGAAACGUUUUAAGAAAGCUCCGUAAAUCCGGAUGUGUCUUGUUUAAUUCAUGGAAAAGUCAGUUUUGGUGCAGGCAAGAUAGGCGGAUUUGCGUUGAAAUAUCAAUUGGAAACGAAAAAGAUCUACCGAAACUGGUUGGAAGGACUAACCAGUCAGAAAAAGUGCACCACCAUAUUCAUGCAAUUGCGAAGUUCUUGGAAAAAUGUCUGGAUGAAUGGUUGGCGCACAUAAAACAGAAUCGAAGCGAAUUUUACUUUUUAAACUUUUUUACCACGGAUCAACUUGUAAUUCUUCAACAAGAGCUCGCAAAAAUGGGGUCUGAACGAAUGCUUUCGCCACACGUUUUCUCACUCCUAUCGGCUGUGAAGAAUGAUUGUAAAUUAGCGGAUUUAGAAACAGCACUUAGAGCUGCCCAAUUGGAAGUACAUACCAAGUUAUCAAAGCAGCGGCCUGCAUUGGACACACUUGAUAACGCAGAGCAAACCGAAGACAGCGAUAAAAAGAUUGAAUCUUACAAUCAAAGAUCAACGUUUGUUAAAGAACUUGUUAAUAUUGGUUAUGAUCAAACUUUAGCUGAAAUGGCACUGGAUCAUGUCCAUGAGGAAGAUAUUUCUUCCUGUGACGUUUCAGAAGCCAUAUUGUGGUGUAUGCAACAAAGCUGCGACAAAAAGGAGGAGAACAUGAAAACGAAAAACAAUGGUCAGCAACCCAAUGAACAGUUUGAACUUACAGCCUGGAAUGCACCAUCAUCGUCAACACUAGUUUCGAUCAUUGAAACAUCACUAAGGCAAACGUGUCAAAAAAGUGAUGACGGAGUGAGGCCGUUGAUUAGAGAUCUUACAGAUCUUUGGACACAUUUUCUUGAUUCUGUGUCAUCCAGCAUAAGCGACUUCAUUGGACUAAAACAUUUGGGAAUUUUUCUGAAGCAUCUGGCAGUGGCGGAAAAUGAAAGCGUGGACAGGACGUAUGCUUCCAACUAUAAAGUGGGAGAACCUAAUCUCAUCGUCUGCCCUGCAGGCGAAAUCCUCAAGGUGACGUUAUCCAUUUACAUGCACGACAAGAAACAGGCUCUUCCGUUGUCAGACGAAGUCCUCGUGUGCCACACAGACACGACAAUUGAUGAGAUUGAAAUAUUCUGGCGUCGGGCAGUUUUUGCUGAUGGAAGAAAGAUUCAUUGUCUCGUAAAUGCCGAUAUUCUAAAUUACGACGUUGGCGAGGCCGCGGAAAGGAGUUUGCACGACUUAAUUUUGGAAACAUAUCAUAAAACCGAUCUGAAAUAUCGUCUGUUCAUCAUCUGCGGAUCGGACAAUGAAUAUCGGUGUCCGUUGGUGCCCUUAUUUGGCAAGUUUAUUCGACAAGUUCAGACAGUCCACCAAGAUGCGGUGAAGAAAUAUGUGGAAGAUAAAUUAGUGGUGCCAGUGAACAGAAUUCACUCUGUAUCGUGUGUCGACUUCAAACGAUGUUCUGCACGCCUUGUCUUGUCAACACGAGCCGGUGUUGGAAAAACCUUAUAUGUACAGCGGCAGACUCAAGCCAUGAAACAAAAAUUUGCCCGAUCGAACAAAGUUGAAUCAAAAGUUGUAAAAAUACCGUUACAAGAGAAGCACAUCAAUAUGCAUGAAGUAAUACAAGAAUUUCUUAAACACACGCCGACAUCAGGGAAGCAGAGUGUACGCCUGUUUCAUAUAGACAUUUCUCAUGAGGUUCAAGAGGGCAUUGACUUGCUACUGUUCAAUCUUCUUAUCCUCAAUUGUUUGAUGGACAAAAGCGGAUAUGUGUGGCGAAGAAGUUUGGACGACUUCUAUCUGAUUGAAACUUUACCUAUUAUGAUCCACGACACUUCAAGCAAAAACGAUUACGCUCACCAAAUAUUUAGCAUUCUGCCCGAAGUAACGUGUAGAUCACCGACAGAGAGCUUUAACAUCUACAACGGUAUUCCUCAAGUGGCAAAUAUAGGGUUUAGACAAACGGAUCAGCUUUUUGACGAACAGAAGUUUCGUAGUCCGGUAUUUCAGCGUACUUAUCAAUACUUGCGAAGGUUGGAUUUAGGAAAAAAAUUGACCGAUGUUGAUGCCCAAAACCCUGAAGGAGAUCCAAAUACGUGCCUCGGUGUUCUUUUACGUCGGUGUGGCGUUAUCAACCCGUCGUGGUCAGAACUGCAAAACUUUGCUUGGUUUCUUAACACCCAACUUGUUGAUUACGAGAAUAAUCAGUUUGUAAGCAAUGCAGCCAGUGAAGACCUCCCAGGAUAUGCAACGUUUGUUCUUCGAUUUCUCAUGCAAAUGUCAAAGGAUUUUGCAACCCGUUCAAUUCAUAUAAGUGAGGAAAGUCCGUCUACAUCUUUCUCGAAUGACGAAGAUGAAACGAUGGUAGACGAAGACAUUCUAAAUAGACUUGCACUUCGGAGAACUUGGGAAAGCAGCCCGCACCCGUACCUGUUUUUCAACUCAGAUCACUUCACAUUCACGUUUUUGGGCUUUUUCAUUGAUAAAACGACGGGUAAUUUGAUUGACCUACAGACUUCACAUGUACUUGAACAAGCAAUAAUGGCGCCUAAUUUGUACGACGCCCUUGUUAGAAACAGAGUUCCACUCCAAGAAAACUUCGAUAAUCUGCAGCGAGACCAGAAGAUAUUGAAAUUGUGCAAUGUUAUGGGCAUCGACGUACCACAUGAUCCAGACAGUACCUAUGAGCUAACAACAGACAAUGUCAAGAAAAUAUUGGCGAUCUAUAUGAGAUUUAGAAGUGACAUUCCUGUUGUCAUAAUGGGUGAGACCGGAUGUGGUAAAACACGACUGGUCAAGUUCAUGUGUGCCCUGCAGUGUCCACCAGGAGUAAACGUCAACAAUAUGAUUCUGAUGAAGGUGCAUGGUGGAACAAUUAAAGACGAUAUUAAACGAAGUAUCAAGAAAGCGGAAGAACAAGCCAGACAAAACGUUCGCAUGAUGGCUAAAUACAAAACGAACAUAUACACUGUAUUGUUUUUUGAUGAAGCGAAUACCACUGAGGCUAUUGGACUCAUUAAAGAGGUCAUGUGUGAUAAAUCUAUGUGUGGUGAACCACUGAAGUUCUACGAGAACCUAAAAAUUGUAGCUGCCUGUAACCCAUACAGGAAGCAUCCUGAUGAGCUAAUCCACAAACUGGAACAAGCUGGUCUUGGUUAUCAUGUUGACGCUGACGAAACAACCGACAAGCUGGGUCGAGUUCCGAUGAGGCGACUGGUGUAUAGAGUUCAACCGCUACCGCAGAGUUUGCUGCCUUUGGUUUGGGAUUUUGGACAAUUAAACACGGACGUGGAAAUUUUAUACGUCCGACAAAUGGUGAAAAGAUAUAUCGAUGAAGACAUUCUUCCCGAUUCAAGAUCUUUAGUUGACGUUAUGAGCAGGAUUCUAAUAGAAUCACAACAGUUUAUGAGAGAACAAAAGGAUGAAUGCAGUUUUGUGUCACUGAGGGAUGUACAAAGAGCGCUGAUGGUCAUGGCAUGGUUUUACGAGCAAGCGGAAAACAACGGGGUUCUUUUUGAGAUGAUGAACACAAGGCUGUCCAACAAAUAUACAUUUGAAGCUCAAAAUAGCGAAGAUGAAGACAACCAUGCAAAUGUGGGUUUAGAUAAGUUAACAAGAAGUCUAGUGCUCGCUCUUGGAGUGUGCUACCACGCUUGUUUAGGCACAGAGAAGCGCCAAAGAUACAGAAAAAGGGUCUUCAAAUGCUUUAGAGAUCCAUGUGUAUUAACAAGAGGGGCGAACCAAAUAGCAGAAGAAAUCGAAUGUUGCCAAGAUGUAUUCCUUGACAAUGUUUCACUUGACAACAAUAUUGCAAGAAACACGGCGUUGAAAGAAAACGUCUUCAUGAUGGUUGUUUGCAUCGAGUUGCGAAUACCACUGUUUCUUGUUGGCAAGCCCGGAAGUUCGAAAUCGCUCGCGAAAACAAUUGUGGCUGAUGCAAUGCAAGGAAAUUGUUCUAAGUUUAAGCUGUUCAAACAUUUCAAACAGGUACAGAUGGUUUCAUUCCAAUGCAGUCCGUUGGCCACUCCGGACGGUAUUGUAGGUACUUUCAGACAGUGUGCUCAGUUUCAAGAGGAUAAGGACUUGAAUACUUUUGUUUCCGUCGUUGUUUUGGACGAGGUCGGAUUGGCAGAGGACAGCCCUCGAAUGCCAUUGAAAACAUUGCACCCACUGUUGGAAGAUGGCUGCCAAGGGGAGGAAGAACCAAAACCAUUUAAAAAGGUGGCAUUCAUUGGCAUAUCCAAUUGGGCGCUCGAUCCAGCGAAAAUGAACAGAGGUAUAUUUGUCCAAAGGGAAGUGCCUGAAAUAGACGAACUGACGAAUAGCGCACAAGGCAUAUGCCAUCGUAACAAAGUUAUUCAGGCGUUAAUAAAGCCAUUUAUUGGGCCACUAUCAAAAGCUUAUCUGGACGUGUUCAAUGACGCUUCCAAACAGAUGCGCGAAUUUUAUGGGCUUCGCGACUUUUACAGUCUUGUGAAAAUGGUUUGUGAUUUCGUCGAAGAAUCUAAACAACCACCAACAUGGUUUGAAAUGCUUCAUGCAAUCAAAAGAAACUUCGGCGGACUUGAAAUGAUUAAUCCUGAGAUACAUUUUAAAAGGCAUCUUCGUCAUGUGAUGACAUGCAGUGGAGCUCACCGACUUUGUGACCCAGACUGUAGCCCAAAAGGAUUGAUUGAAGCAUGCCUCUUCAAUUCUGUUCAAUUUAAAGGAGAAAGUCGUUACCUGUUGUUGCUCACCGAGAACUACGGGGCUUUGUCAAUCAUACAGCAACAAAUAUUUUCAAAACAAAGAGAAAUCAGGCCAAUUACGAUUUUUGGAAGUAGUUUCCGAAGUGACCAAGAAUACACCCAGGUCUGUCGAAACAUCAACCAGAUAAAAAUCUGUAUGGAGACGGGAAACACCGUUUUGUUACUGAACUUGGAAAAUCUUUACGAAAGUCUGUACGACGCAUUGAACCAGUACUAUGUGUACUUCGGAGGUGUGCGUUACGUGGACCUUGGCCUGGGGACACACAGAGUGAAAUGUCCCGUUCACCAAGAUUUCCGGCUAAUCGUCGUUGCUGAGAAGCAGAUAGUUUAUAAGAAGUUCCCGAUUCCACUGAUCAAUAGGCUCGAGAAGCACUUCUUGACAAUCAAUUCAAUUCUGGAUGAGAGACAGAUACAGCUUGCAAAGAAAUUGCAGGAAUGGGCUCAUAUGUUUGCCACAGAAACUAAUGAUUCCAUACGAGGACCAACAUUGCGGCAUGCAGGAGAUGUAUUCAUUGGGUUUCACGAGGACACGUGCUCUGCAAUUAUAUUGCACGUUUUUGAAAAAAACGAACAUAACAAAAUUAAUGAUCAGGAUGUUAUAGAAAAAGGAAAGCAACUUUUGCUUUGGUGUGCUACGCCAGAAUCUUUGGUCUGUAACAGUCAACUUGACCAGGCUGAAAAAGACAGAAUGACCAAGUACUAUUACGAAAGACAGGCACACGAUAGCUUCAUUCACUAUCUGAAACAUGUGCUUGAGAAAGAGAAGUGCAAGGAACUAUUUGCUCAGCUGACAUGCCAUUCAAAACUUCUGGCUGGAAAUCACGCGAAAGAGAUAUUGAAAGAAGUUACAAUGUUUCGCAGAGUGGAAAUACUAUCUUUGUCGUUGUUUGACACUGAGCAACAGUUCAGUAUUCGAGUACAACAAACCCUGACAACAGCAACAAAAGAGGCUACAUUGCUGAUUAUUCAAUGUGAUUCCGGGGACGUUAAUGCUAAACUGAUUUCUUCCGCAAGAUACUGUGUUAUAAGUGAGGUUGUUAAAAUACGAGACCACCAUAAUCCGUCGUUCUUUGUGGUGUUUAUUGUGCAACUACCUAGAAAAGCUGGCGGAUGUUUUAGUGAUUUUCAGUGCGGAGUUUGGCAUUCGGCACACAUUGACGAUUUGUUUGUUGAAGAUGAUAGCAUGCCACCUAUAAACUAUCUGGUAAACAAGCGUAUAAGUGAUAUAUUUUCCGGUACUUUGACACAUCAGCAUCCAGGACCUGUGGACACCAAACAUGUGAUGGGUACAUUUAAAACUCUUCAAGAUGUUUCCGACGAGCAUAUUGAUAUACGAAACAAACCAGAAAACAUGGAGAUAGAAAUUUACUCACGAGACAGGGAUCGAUCGAUUGCAAUUAAUGACAUUACGAUUCCUAAAGCACCCAGUCUUUAUUCAAUGCAACAUGCCACUUACAUGUGGGGAUUGGUUAGACAUUGUGUUCAACCAGCCUUGUCAAUGGUGAAAAAUUUACAGAAUACUGAACCAAGGGAAACCAAACGAGUUGAUAUUGUUCUCCGUGCAUUGCCCGAAUGCUCCAGUGAUAUGGAGAUCACCCACAAAGCUCUCUUUACUAAUGGACUCGUCGUGUGGAUUGUGAAACUAUUCAAAGAAAAAGAACGUGAAACCGGAUUUCUCUCUGAUCAAUGGUUGAUACGAAAUGCGGCUGCAAUGAGAAAUAUCAAUAAGAAUGGAACACUGAGGAGAUCAUGCUACAAUACAAUCGUUUCAAAAGUCGCUCCAGUUUUUGCCAAUGUGUUUGCCUUUCUUGACACAAACAGCAACAUGGAUUUAAUCGAGUGCGAUAUUCCUUGGAAACGCGAAGUCUGGCUCAAGUGCUUGAAUCUCACACAUGUACUUCCACUUAAGUACACCGACUGUCAUUCGCUGGCGGGCGCAGAUGAACUAAAAGAUUUGCUGGUGAAAGGUACAGGGUUUGAAGGACAUGGCUUCAAACUACGAUUUCCAUUCUCGUGGGUUGUGAUAGAUGUGGUCGACGAGUUAGUCAGGGAUAUUGUUAUUGAUGCAGUUGAAGUGAAAGAAAUGAUCAGCAAAUGCGUAACAGCUCUCAAAGCGUCCCCUGUAGGACAGAUAUUGUCUCAAUUUAGCAGCAGCACACAGCCGGAUCCGCGUGAAAUUUUGCAAGACUAUAUUCACGACUUUGUGCAAACCGUUUACAACGCUGGCACUGAUUCAGAGCUAAAUAUUGUGUGCGAACAGAUCAUGUCGAGAUCGAUCAGCGUCGCCAAUGAAAUAGGCGGAAGUAAUGAUCUGAUUUGCCACUCUAUUUGCUGUCGCUUUGCAUACGAAGAAAUGUCGUUUAAGCUGACUUUUUUCCGAUGUAUAAAUAAUGUGUGGCCGUCUUGCAGCUCCAAAAUAGUUGAAAUCAGAAAUACCACCCCAGGCCAUUUUAUGUUUAAAGAGCAUGAAUUUACAUUCUCAGCCUUGUGCAUGCUUCUUGAGGAACUCACUCCUAAACCAAAUGAGCUUGACAAAACAACAUCGCGUCAAGACUGGAUCAGUAAAGUGUACACAUAUCGCCAUGUUGUCGAAACCAUGUUAAACAUCAAGCAGAACGAUGUUCGUUACGGUUUGCACAGUGAGAACACAAUAAGAAGAGCUAGAUCGCUGUGGAGCCGCGUUCUGGCAAUGAAGCUUUUUAUUGAGAACAUGUGUGUCCCAGAAUCGGAGCAAGACAUCACAAUCAGGAAUUGCAUGCCUCUUUGGAAGUUACUUGGUGAUGAUGUCGAUCUUGGCGGACCAAAGUCGUUCUCUGCUGUCGAAACUUUCCUUAAAAUCUGCAACUUAACGGCGCUGAAAGAAACAAUUGGCUCGGAAGUUAAGUGUUAUAAAUGUGAAGAAAAUAUUCAAUGCGCACCCGUAACGCUCCCAUGCCAAAAGAACGACAAGAUAUGUCAGACAUGUUUUACGGAGAUGAAAGCACUGAGAGACUUCAAAUGUCCACUUUGCAAAGAACCAUUUCCUAUAGAUUGGGUACCAACUAAUGAAGAGGAUACAAUACUUGAAAACAAGCUGCGGCGAUACCAACAGCGUUGCAAUACAUUUUUCUUGGAGGUCGUCUCGCAGUUGAGUUUUGCCUAUGGAAAUGCGUCUGAGCAAGUUAUCACCAAACUUCUUGGUUACGUAACAUGCAAAACCAAAACUGGCAAGGUUUUUACGAAAAACAUCAGUAUGAUCGACACGGGCUUAGACCCGAAUCCCGUUUUCAGGUCGUUUCUGUUGCGGAUGUUGCUUAAGUCAAGGGAGGAAAGGUAUGUUUCCAGUUAUAUCAGCCAGUUCCUGGAAAGCACGACAAUAGACACGGACACAAACCCUAAAGAGAGAAUUGACAUUUAUCUGCUGAUUGUUCAAUGUUGGGAGGACACGCAGUUACAGUAUAUUGAACAAAGUGGAGAAUCAAGACUGACUAUUGCCUGCGAUUUGUUUCGAGAUGCUUUUGAAAAGAUCAACAACCACCAGUCAUUGACUGAACUACUUUAUGGUAUCGCAACUGCAAGAGCAUGUCUAUCUGAAACAGCACGUUGCUUAGCGGAACUUGCCGAGGAGGAAAAACAUACUAUUACCGGCGAUAUGCUGAAAAUUAUUCAAGCUGCUAAAGAAUUGUGUCACAGUCAUAAUAAAGAAACAUUGAAGGUGUAUCUAUUGAAAAUCUUGUGUCGUCGUUACGGCAUACAUAUAUAUCAAAGAUUAUCGAAGUCUCGUGCGCAUAGUUUGAAUUGGGUGGCAUUUGAGGGCAGAUCAGAACAGAUGCAGGUUGAGGUAGCAGAUAGAUACAUUGUCUUGGGGGAGACAUACACACGUGUAAGAGAAGCCAUUGCAAAAACACUUCUUGGAGAAGAUAGUGGGAUACUUCAGGACUUACUGCAAAAAAUACAAAGUCGGAAUGCACAUUUAGAAACCGUCGUGCAGCUAGCUGUGCACAGAGAGGUAACAUGUGCACAUGUCAGACAAUCAUUCACUAAACCAAAAAAGGAAAUUGAACGCUUACAUAAACUACUUGUGGCUUCCGAAGUCGUGGAAGACAAGGAGCUCAUGCAGAGGCUUCUGAAUAACAACCUUCAGCCCCCGUUGUUGGUCAUGAAACCUCAAUCGAUUAUGGAGCAACAGGGCGUGCAGUGCUUAAUGACACACUUCAAGAUCACCAUGUCAAAACUUCAAGAUGAGUCGACAUUACUUUUCCCUUUCAAGGCGUUGAUCGAUGGAAAUCUUAUUAUCCAGAGCAUGUUUCUACCGACCAUGCCACAGGAUGACUUGGAUGACAUACACAAUGCCAUGCUCAGGAACCGAGGUGGCGAAAAUCCUGUUGUUUAUCGGUGCCCUAAGGGUCAUCCCUACCUCAUCGGUGAUUGCGGACGUCCAGAUUCGACUGGUUUUUGUCCAGAAUGUCGGGAACAAAUCGGUGGGGCGGGACACCAAGCUUUGCCAGGAAAUGUUUUGAAUAACCAAGGGGAUACAACAAAACGAGGACAUGUCCUCGGCAGAAGCAAUAAAAGUGGAAUUAUUCAGCCAGAGAGAGAUAUGAAACCCACUUACUGCACAGCUGUUCGACUCUUCCUUCAUAUGGCCUUGUACCUGGGUCCAGUGGAGGAUAUACAGAAAAUUAUACAGCCAGAAAUACCAGCCAAUCAUGUGUCGCAGUUUUUACUGGAUCACAUAAACGCAAACAUCGUCGGUCUCCAGAAAGCUCUCGAUCGAAGUCCAGAUGAUAUCAUCCUGCUGAUGCAUGUCGUCGUUCACCACAUGAUGCAUCAAGCUGGAAAAGCUCUUCCACAAAGGAUGACUCUUCUAUCCUCAAAGGCAGACCGCAAAGCAUGGGAAAAUGAAUUUUGUUCGACUGUAUUACGUAAUGUACUUGGGAGCGCUGAUCUUCUGCUUACCAAUUUAAACAACGGUAUUGCAACUGAUCAGAGAUUAGGAGCCGAUCCACUAAUGUGCUUGAUAUACGAAACGGACAACACGCAGGGAAGUGAAGACACAGAAAAUCUGCUGAAUGUCCCACGAAUGUGGCGAUUUCGAAUCCCAAUUACGAUUGAACAUAUGCGCCAAGUAUUGGAUUCGAAAAUUCAGGACUUAAAUCCAAAGCCGCGUGUCCUGCAACGUUUUUUGCUCGAGGAUGACAUACUCCAAGCACUGCAAUAUCUUCCCAAUAUCAUGCUUCUACAGCGAGCACUUCUUCAAAAACUCCAGAAGAAACUUGACAGAGCUGAAGCUAAUGCGCAACUUAAAGUUAGGGAUAUAAAGAAAAAUAAUCUCGCCGGACAUGACACAGAGAGGUGGAUAGAUGAUUUUUCAAAAGCAUGGGAAAUGACACGACUGCGUCUAUCACCAGGUUGUGCUACCAAGUUUGGGCGAGUGAACGUUCCAGAGGAGUUUUGCAGAGAACGAAUAACAGACAACACUCCACUCGCCGUCCUUUUACCGGCGACAAACGGUCCUGGAUUGUGUUCCUAUGCCAUGCUUGAUCUCCUCUUUAGGAAACAGAACGAGGUGAUUGACUUCUACGGUUCCGAAACGGAAAGACUACAUUCACUUUCUUCAAUCGCACCAAUGGCUGUGACCUCCGCACAUCUGAUCAGCUACGACCACGAACAUGACCUGAUGCCCCUGGUUUUGGCCAACUGUCAUUAUUCCUUUGAGAUGGGCGUCGGGACCAAGAUUGAGUAUGACUUUGCUGGCAUGGAAAGACAGCUUAUAGACAGGCUUCUUUACUCCAAGUCGAAGAUAGAAAUCCAUCAAUACUUGAAGGUCGACCUGAUGGUUUACAGAACAGAAGUGACGAACGUCUCUGUUUUCAACAAACUUCGGGGCAACAUACCACAGGAACACUUAAAUCCUGCUGUCAAAAAGCAGAUUUUUGAAGAACUACGAUCAUUGCCCGACGUGUGUGAAUCGCUUGACAAUUUAGAUAUUGCUAUAAGCUUCCUAAAGACGACUGGUGGUGACCCAGCUAUGCCUUUACACAGGUUCAUCGAGGAAACGCUACAAAUGGACAAAUCUCUUUUGAGUCAAAAGGCCCGGCAAAUUUGCGAACUUCGACAUGCCAGAUCGUUGUGGUUGCUGUUGUCCUUUCUUAAGUCCAGACUUCUAGUUGAUUAUCGACACGCAACCGAGGCGGUUUUUGAAACGUUGCCUAAUGGUUUCUACGAAGAUCUACCCGACGUAGUAAAGUCAAGCUUUGGAGAAUACAUGAACAAUCUAAGCACUGAGAAGUUAUCAAAUCUAUUGGAGCUGCUUCAUGAAUUUCUAAUUCUCAGAGUUUCCGUUCAAGAGAAUCCUGAUGACGAUGAUUUUGUGGAUACCAAUAAAUACAGAUUAUUUGAAAGCCUGAAGGAGUACAUUGAGCUAAGCGAAUCGCCAGCUCUCGAACCUGUUAUUUUUAAUGGAAGUCCAACGGGAUUGUUGUAUGAACACGGUGCAAAGGCCUGGGUACUGGCGUACGAGACGCUUUUGAGGAAAAUAGGAACCAGGCGUCGCUCCUGAUAUACAGAAAAAACACAAAAAUACUGACGUCAGGAAAUAUAAAUAAACCGAUAUACAGAAAACACAUAUAAUAAGAAAAUAAAAUAAAUUAUUGUUUAAAGACAAUAAUGUUUACAGUUUUUCACUAUUUUUCUUUUUGUCACCUAUGACUAUGCAUGUUUUGUUUCAGUGCAUAUUUGCAAUGACAUUAUUGAUUGAAUGAAUUGCAGUAAAAUCAUUAUAUAGUUUGCAGUGGUACAAUAUGUGUGAACAUGCAAGUGCGUGUACAUAUAUUUUCUAUUAUAUCGUUGAAUGGCUAAAUUGAAAUGAAGUUUGCAUUGUUGCAAUAUAUGUAUGGUGUGACUAUGUUUGUUUUGUGUCUGUAGAAACUGUUAACUGUCUUUGUUUACUGGCUGUUUACUUUUCAAUUGUUACAUGAAAUUGCAGUUGAAUAUUCCUGCUUUAUUUGAUAUAUACAAUUUAUGAAACGCAUUGUCGUAAUAUAUUUGUGUUGCCAUUCGCCUUUUAUAUGAGGGAUAUAUUGUUUCAUUCGUAAAUCUACUUUUCGUGAUUGAAGAGUAUCUGAGAUGUCUUGUUUUAUGGUUAUGUAUAAAAAAUUAAUUGUACGUGCAUGAUUGAAUUCAAUGUUAAAAUGUUUGCAGAAAAAAGAUUUGCAAAACCAUAUAGUUGUCAGAACAUUAUACAUGCUUAUAUUGAAAACUUUUCGAAUGAAUAGCAUAUUCGUGAAGUUGUUCUUUAUUUUGAAAUGUAAAUUAUUCUUUCAUUGUUUUUAGAUCAAGGUGACUGUGUCAUUUUAAGUAUACUGUGAUAUAUAAAGUGCAUAUAUAAUAGGCGUAUAAAAAUACUCCAUACGUGAUUAGGGUGUAGAUUUUAAGCGCAUUCGUGCCGAGUUUAUUUUUAUAAUAUUCGGUACACUUAUUUAAUUUUGUUUAUGAAAUGUUUUUGCUUUUUUAUGGUUUUAAUGGCGAUACAUCUAUAGGUUAUUGUAUGUUUUUAUAAGAAAUGGAUUCUUUUUUGUGUCAAUCAUCUUAUAACAGUCUAUAACAUUUUCAUGUACAUAUCAAAAUGAUGCCACAUAAUCAUCAACAUGUGUGUGUGUGUGUGUGUGUGUGUGUGUGUGUGUGUGUGUGUGUGUGUGUGUGUGUGUGUGUGUGUGUGUGUGUGUGUGUGUGUGUGUGUGUGUGUGUGUGUGUGUGUGUGUGUGUGUGUGUGUGUGUGUGUGUGUGUGUGUGUGUGUGUGUGUGUGUGUGUGUGUGUGUGUGUGUGUGUGUGUGUGUGUGUGUGUGUGUGUGUGUGUGUGUGUGUGUGUGUGUGUGUGUGUGUGUGUGUGUGUGUGUGUGUGUGUGUGUGUGUGUGUGUGUGUGUGUGUGUGUGUGUGUGUGUGUGUGUGUGUGUGUGUGUGUGUGUGUGUGUGUGUGUGUGUUUGUGUGUGUGUGUUUGUGUGUGUGUGUGUGUUUAAAAUUAGGCGUCACAGAAUCAUGAAAAUACUUGUGCUUAAGCUGCCAACUAUUUCAAAAUCGAGAACGUGUGUGUGCUUUAAAAGUCAUAUGUCUCAUACACAAAUUCAGUUUGUGUUUAAAACGCCAGAUGUCACAGAAUCCUAAACAUAGUUGUGCCCGAUGCCAGACGUUUGCAUGAUGCUUAUUUAUUAUGACAAACUAAAGCACUGAUGUUUUAUGUAUAGCAAUUAUGCUUUUGUUAACAAUCGUGGUUCAACAAGUGUAUGUUUCUUUCGAUUUGUUUUAAACUUUAUUGUAAAUAUUAGUGUAAAUCAUUAUAAAUUACAGAUGUGUUAAUAUGUAACAGUCGACUUUUACAAGUUAAAUUAUGUAAUUUUGUGGUGAUCGUUUUUGUGGUUUUCAUUUUUGUAAUCAUAAAUACCGUGCUUUGGGGUUAUAUAGGGGUUAUAUAGUUGCUAUCCGAUGAUUGAAUGGGACAUGGAUGAUGAUUUAAUUUGGCAACCAGAUACCGCAGACUAUGUUUAUUCAAUAUCCAUGAGUUGCAUAUAUUGUUAAAAUAAUUCACCAACAUAGUAUUGUUUUGUGUAGGAUAAACAAAUCAUAGAUUGAUUUAACUUUGAUAGUAUUAGAAUGUCGGCUACUGUUUAAAGAAAUAAGAAAGUUUCAUUGAAGUUGAAAUUCUAAAAAUUUAGUUUUAUUAUUUUAAGUCUAUUUUGUAAAUAAUUAAUUAUCUUGUUAAGAUGAGGCAUAUCUUGUAAAUAGUUUUUUUCAGAAGUUGCAGUUGUGAUAUAUUGUAUUAUAUAACUCUUAAAAUUGUAUUGCUUUGUUUCUAUGGAAGUCGCAUACAUAUUUCGUAAAUGAAUUUAAAAAAAAUAAUUAAUUGAUUUGAGCGAAGCGAAUUCUGUACAUUCACUUUUUAGCAAAAACAUCAAUAGCCAGUGUGUUAUAUUUUAAAUUGCAUUGAGAACUGUAUAGAAUACUAAUGUGAUUUGUUCAACUAUAGAAACAUUGCUUGUGCUUAAUUUAACCCCCGUGUCAAUAUAUCGCAUAAUUUAGUGAAAAUCGGAUACUGGCAACUUAAAAAACAAAACAAUAUAUUUGCACACUUCACAAUAACGUUUUGAAAUACGAUAUUCUGACAAUACAUGUUCCGUUUAAACCUAUUUAUUUAAGGCGCUAUUGAAACGCUCUAGGGUCAGAUUCCUGGGUAGAACCAGUACUUGGUGUCUAGAGGGGAGAUUCAACGAAAAUAUGCUUCUUGACAAAUUGGUAAAGCGUGGUUAUAAAUUCUUUACGUAUGAUUCACGUAUGUUUUAGGAAAACUCGUUUCUUUAAGAGUUGGUUUGUUCAAAAUUCCGUUAUCACUAAGGUUAUUUUUUUCAACAAAUGGUGCAUGAAUUAGGUGAAUGUACCCAAGGUAUUAAGAAAUUGCUGAGUUGUAGUUGAUUCAUGUGUAGUAUUAUAUAUUGUCAAUGUGUUUUCGUAAAUUAUAAUCCAGUUAACAACGCACGUACAUGAGUGUGCGUAUGUUAAAUUGUCUAUGAAUGUGAAAUGUGAAACAAGCUUUGUUCAACCCUUGUUAACAUACAUGUAUAGCAUUUGUGUUUAUUAUGAACGUGUUUGGGUUAAAUAAACUUUUUUUCUUCUUUUUUCAAUAGUACAUUUACGAAGUAUUACCAUAUAAAUGCAGUUAUGUUUGUAUAUACACAUAUAGUCAUUAAUAAGUGUUAUUUCAUUAUAUUUAUUGACUAUAAAUUAAAAUUUGCAUUCAAAAUCAAUAUUAAAUUGCAUUUUGAAAAUACACGUAUGUUUUUUAAUUGUAUCAUUUAAAUCGAUAUCUAUUUCAAGAGACAAACUGUUUUAUAUUGCAAUACCAUGAUGUUAUCCUAUAAGCAGUUGAAGCGUGUAUUGUCACUUUUUUCAGCAAACGUGUCUGAUUGCGUGACAAUAUAUUUAUGUUGAUAGAUUAUGUUCUACGUUGAAGAAAGAAUACCUUAAUUGUUGUAAACAUGUAUCAAGUGUGUAUACAUUUCUUAACAAAUGUUGGCCGAUUUGAUUGUAAUUAAAAGUCGCACAAGUAAGCGGUGUACCCAAUAUUGUGGGCCCAAAGUAAUGUCCCAACUGAUUGCAAGCAUUUCGACUGUUAUUUGUGACACAUACGCUGUAAAAAGUGUUAGAUUAUCAAUUUGCAUACUAACAGAGCAAAGUAUGUUUAUUAAAAUUAAACCAAUAAUUGAAGUAUUCUGUCGCUAUUACUGUUGGGUCUAUAUGGACACAGAUAUCUAUAUCUAUUAAUAAUGUAAUGUGUUAAUUUGUAUAUAAAUAAUAUCUGUGUAUAUAUCAGUGUUCGUCCUGUGUUAUUUUAUAUAUGAUUCUAUGUUGAUUUGGUUAGCAUGCGGUGUUGAAACAAAAUUACCGACGAUGAGUGAAUGGAGUUGGCAAAAUGGUACAUAUCUACAAAGCAACCGUAGUCAUGGACAAUACAUUUCGAAUGUCAACCGCGUAAUACUGGUGAGGUCCGCAAUAUAUGUAUACACAUGGAAAUGGCGGUCACAAGUUGCCUGUAUGAUUGUUAAUACCAAACAAGAAAUACCCACGUGUUAUCUAUCUUAGAGUAUUCGCAGUGCAUUCAUGGAUAAAGAUGUGAGUUGUUAUGUUCAUGGCAUUGGUUCUGAUAGAAGAAGGUUAGAAAAUUAUUACUGAUGCUAGUGUUGUUAUUGCAUACGCAUGUUUUGUAUAUUUAUUAAUAUGUUGUAAAUAGUUUUGUUUACACUGCAACACCAUAUACUGUCUACACCUUUUAGUUACUGAUUUGAAAACUGCUUCAUAUGCUGAGUAUGCGGGAUAUAUUACCCUACGUUUACGUGUUAGUUAAACGUCUAUUUAAACUUGAUUGUAAUAAAAGCCGCAGUUUGCACAACACACUAUGUAAAGAAAAUGAUUCGCAUGAACAUUUAACCUACACAGUAUUAAAAUAAAACGCAUAGAAAUCGUGUGAAUAAUGAAGAUUGAGGAUUAAUAAGUGCAAAGUGUCUACAAGAGCCAUAGCGUGUUUUAUUACCUGAUGUCUUAUAUAAAUGAUAAUUAAUUAUUGUUUGCUAUUUCCUCGUAGAAAAAGAAAUUUGCAAUAUUUUAAAUUAUUACCUGAUAACUUAUAUAAAUGAUAAUUAAUUAUUUUUUUGCUAUUUCCUCGUCGAAAAAGAAAUAUGCAAUGUUUUAAACUGUUACCAGUGAAUAUCGAACUGUCGACCGGUCAACAGUUUUAACUGUUGCCCGCUGGAAUAAUGACGUCAUUUCGUCGAAAAAAUGACGUCAUUUUACAGUUAAACAGUCAAAAUUAUUUAUUUUAUCGAUUACUGUUGUGUGUAAAUCAAAAUUUAGUUUGCUGUUAUUUCUAUGUUAGAAAUUUGAUCAGGUAAUAAAACACUUAUUUCAUGGAUGCUUGGUGAACAGUCAAAAAUGUUGUCCCUCGGUAUCAGGGCUGACAUUUGGAACUGUUGCCCGAGGCCGAUAUGUUUCUGUUUGAUUACCGAUACAAUUACUUAGUUGUAUAGGAUUAUAAAUUUGUUGCAGUUGCGUUUUCUUGCGUUUUUGUUUUGUAUUUUGUAUACAUAUGAUUGGUUAUGGGAAAUAUUUAGUUGCUUCUCUUAGCUUGUGUUAUUUUUUUUUGCAAUUACAUGUUUAAGUAUAAACAGCAAUUAUAGUUGACUGUUUAUAAGAUGUGAAAUUGCUUUUAUAGCCAUGGUUUAUACUGUUAUUUAAAUGUAAAAUAACAAAAUAUUGAUUUAUAGUAUUUUGUGGAUUUGGGAUGCCAUUAACGUAUAUAUGUAUUGUUCAUAGUGUUUUAUUUCUGUAUUAAUUGUUGUAAUGUUAUAUACAAUAUGACUUAAAUAUACAUGUAACGAUUAGUAGAACAGGUAUCAGAUAUAUAAUAUGUAUGAUUUAAGAAAUGCACCUAUAACGUUAAUGAUUAUGAUCAUGAUAACGUUAGUGAUUAUAUAUAGCCCCUCGUAUCAAUCAUCGUACGACCAACUUAAGUUACUUUUUUAAGUAUAACGGAUGAACACCAACCACAAUAAUUGGUUUUGUGGCGGGUUUUUAAUUAUUUUAUUCAUCGGUUUAAUCUUUCACGUGAUCUUUAUUUCCUUAAGAAUCAGAACAUACAUUUGUAUUUGAUUUGUUGUGCGCAUAAAAUUCAGUCGCAACAUCAAUUUGUCGUAUGAUAUGAUAAGACGGGCUCUAGAAGCAUAAUAUGUAUGAUUGCAGAAAUAAACAUGUAAAGUACGUGAUUUUCUGUUUAUAAUAAAUAUCAUGUAUGAUUUAAAAAAAGUACAUGUGAGGUCAACGAUAAUAUGUAUCAAUAAUAACACCACCUGUAUAAUUUAAGAAAUAUACAUGUAACUUGACUGAUUUUUUGAAACGAUAAUAAUUAUCUUUAUCAGUAGGCUUUAUAAAGUUAUUGUUAAUCUAAUUGUUUCAAUAUAUUGUUGUUGUUUUCCAGUGCAUGAUUGUCAAAGCGAGAUGUGAAAUGUGAAAUAAAUUUAAUCAAGAAUGAAUGUGAAAUAAAUGUUGUUGUUA